AUGUCACCAGAAAGGCCCGCCGAGCAUCGGCAUCCGGAGCCGGCCUCCAACGACUCCUGCCAGCCUCGAACAGGACCUGCUCGACGAAGAACCAACGGGAGGGCCUGUAUUGUCUGCCAUCAGCGAAAGGUUCGGUGCGAUAUCCUGGAAAGGGGCAUACCUUGCUCCAACUGCCAGUCCCAGAACAGGUCAAACUGCCGGCUGUACGAGAAGAAGAAGACAAGGUCCACGCUGGCACGUAUAAAUCGUCCAACCAACAUCCCCCUUCAGCCUCGUCACCGUGGCCAGCAGCCGGUAACAGCACCUGCAACACCCACUCCAACACCUCAGUGGCCCGGCAUCUCCACGGAUGGUUCAACAGAUCCUAUUCCUCGACCAAGUUCAUCGUCAGCCGACAACAGGGCCCGAUAUCAUCACAACGACUCCCCUUCAACCAUCCACGGCUCCGCCGCCGGAAACUGCGAGGAUGAGCAGGCCACACGUAACCUAGCAGAGUUCAUUGACCAAGAUGAAGUCAGAGUGGGCGAGAUCACUCGAGCCGCCCGCCUCUACUACAUCGGUACUGAGUUCUCCAACCUCAACUAUCUAGUUCGCCAACGAGCUCGACAGCCAGAUCAGAAUGUCGUGCACUUUGGAAGCCACCCUCUUGCUCGAAAGAUACCUUCAGUGCCGCAGGAAGCACUCCAGUUGCCCCCAAAGGCAUUGGCCGAUGAGCUUGUCAAGGCGUACUUUACACACGUUAAUAGAGGAUUCCCCGUUGUCGACGAGGAAGAGUUCAUGGCAAGAUAUAAUGGGACAGACGCCUACAGGCAGAUCUCUCUGCCCUUGUUCCAUGCCGUCUGUCUUGUUGGUGCACAUGUCCUGUCUUCCCGUCGCGAGGACGUCAAGGCCAUAAAGUUCGACUUUUUCCGGAGAGCAAAGCUGCUGUUCGACUGUCGCUUUGAGCAGCAUCGCGAGUCAUAUCUCCAGGUUGCCCUUCUCCUAACAUGGCAGUGUGACAACCUCGAAGAUAUCGUCUCCAAUUCGUGGCAUUGGGUAGGUGUCGCUGCCCGAACGGCCAUGGGCAUGGGCAUGCACCGAGAUGCAGCGCCGUCCAGCCUCAACACCAUGGACAAGUCCCAGUGGGUUCGACUCUGGUGGUCUGUCUUCCAGUUUGAUGUCAUGGUCUCAGCUUCCUAUGGCCGACCACAGGCAAUAAACCUCGACGAGUCCGAUGCGCCCAUGCUGCAUGAAAAGCACUUUGAUGGUAUCCCGCACGCAAAUACCGCGUUCGCAAUUCAUCACACCCAGUUGUGUAUAAUCUUCUCCAAGGCCAUGAAGGGGCGAGUGGCAAUCCGAGCCUCGCCAGCCGAUCGAGCUCGAGUGACGAAGCAGGCCGAUGAGGAAUUGGCUCAGUUCAUAACCCAGCUGCCAGAGAGUCUUCGGUUGUCACUUCCAGAGCCAGAUAUCUGGCAGGCAACCCUUCACCUCUCUUAUAAUAACUUUCUGAUCCUGCUGCAUCGGCCACCGCCUCGUCAAGAUCCAAAGCACUUCUCACCAGACACAGCCACCGAUAUGAGCAUCUGCGGGGACGCCGUUGCGGCCAUCAACUCGAUUUUUGAGUCGCUCCGCUCAAGAGACCUCUUGUGUGAUUUGUGGCUCCCAGCAGUCCAUGUGCUCUUCACGGCCUUGCUGCAUGUGGCCAGUGAACUCAACUCAGCCAAUCCUCUCGUAGCUGCGAAGUCGUUGCGCAUGUUUGAUUGCCUCCUCGUCACUCUACGAGAGUUAUCGCGUCACUGGCUGUAUGCCGAGAGUCUGUUGCGUUUGUUCGAGGAACGAACCAUGUGGAACAGGCCAAGGGCAAAUCUUGACGGUUCUGCUGAGGCUUCUGUCGCAAGAAGGCCACAGCGAUCAAACGAAUGUCCUCAAAACGACGGCCUAGAGCGCUUCUCCCUGCGUCCUGAUCCUCUCGCCACUUCCAGUGGCAUCCCCCAGAGCCCGGCUGGAGGCAUUGCAGCCACAGGAUUCCAAACAUCCUCUAGGGCCUCUGGCCUUGGUCAUCGUGAACAACUUCCGGGCCAAGGCUUGCCCCAUGGACAGGCUGGUCCUCCAUAUGCUUUUAACUAUGACUUUGGAGGGGCAAUGGCAGGACAAGGCGCAGGAAAUACUUCGAGGGAUAUUGCGCAAGGGGGUAUCCCGUACAGUGACGGUUUCAUCGACAAUGGGAUGGAUAUGGCUGAGAGUGGCCAAGGUUUGGAUCUUCUACCCGUGCCUUCAGCACUGGAGUUUCUUCUUGCGGGUAUGGACGGUGAGUAUGACUUUUGA